GCGUGCUUUCGAAUUUGCGAUACCACCUGCCCUCUCAAGGAUUGUUCGCGAACACAUCUUCACCGGCGUUGCUGUCCGCUAUUUUUCUCUUAACUUCCGAAUGAUCCAUACGAUGCAUGUUCGGCUUGGAACUCUAACAACAUCCGUUAUAUGAGCUGCCCUAUGUGUCUGUCAUACGCAAUUCGUUCCUAGGCUGCUAUGGCGGAUUUUCGUCGGUCAUCUUGCUGCUCAUCCGCGUUCUGCGUCAAUGCAGCCGAUUAGCUUGGUAGAUUUGAUUGUGGAGAUGUGCCCCACUCUCGUAAUCUGGAUGGAUGGAUGAGCGUCGAGAAGUAGUCACUUCCAGGGUAUAAAAGCGGGAAAGGUACUCCAACUAUCAAGGACCACAAACUGGCUGCUGCGACUCAAAAUGUAUCCCCUCAACGUUUCAGACGCUGUUUCAGACGCUCUGUCGCCUCAGGACUCCAUCCUCUUCACUCGCUUCGGCUUUGGCGCGACUCAGAAAGCGCCUUUUACUUGUGUUCAUCAUGCUUUCGAGCACUAUGCUCGUCGACAAUCUGACACUGUUGCAGUAGUGCACUGUGACUCAUCUAUCACUUACGCCGACCUUGACCGCAAGGCGAAUGGCUUGGCUAAUCGCUUGCGCAAUAUGGGUGUUCAUCCUGGUAGUCGUGUCUGCCUGCUUGUUCAACGAUCGGUACAUAUGGUCGUAGGAAUCCUGGGUAUACUGAAGGCCGGAGCUGCUUAUGUCCCUUUGGAUGGCAGCAUGGUCACUCAAUCUACGCUGGAAUAUGUCAUACACGAUUCUCAGUCUAUUCUGGUCCUCGCAUUGCAGGAGUUCCUUCCUCGUGUAGCCCAUUUUCCGGCAGUGUGUCUUGAAGAGACAAUUAAAGAGUUGUCCCCUGGAGAGUGUUCGAAGCCUGAAGAUCUAUCGUCUCCAGAUGACGGUGUAUACAUAAUCUACACGUCUGGAACCACUGGUAAGCCGAAGGGAGUAGAAGUGAUGCAUCGCAAUGUUACGAAUCUCGUCUGUCUUGAGCCGGGAAAUGUCGAGAUGCGGCCUGGUCGUCGUGUAUCUCAACUACUUAACAUUGCCUUCGAUAUGGCUGCUUGGGAGACGCUUGGUAGUCUUUCUAAUGGUUGCACUCUAUGCAUCCGAGGGAAGACAUCCAAGGAAUGGCGCGCACUUAUGAAAACGGUUGAUAUCGUGAUUGCUACGCCCAGUAUGAUGACUCCUCAUGACCCAUCAGACUAUCCUAAUAUCAAGGUGGUAGCCACUGCAGGAGAGCCAUGUCCACAAGCUCUUGCGAACAGCUGGUCUCGGCAUGCACAUUUCUACAAUAGCUGCGGCCCUACGGAGAUCACCAUCGUUAAUACAGUGCAGCUGCACAAACCUGGCCAAUCGCUCUCUAUUGGCGCACCCACCCCAAAUAAUAAUGUUUACGUUUUGGACGACAACAUGAAGCCCGUGCCAAUCGGGCAACCUGGUGUAAUGUGGGCAGGCGGAGCCGGAAUAACUCGUGGAUAUGUCAAUUUACCUGAUAAGACUGCGGAACGCUACAAGUUGGACAUUUUUACCAACAAUGGAAGCUACAUGUUCAAUACCGGCGACCUUGGCCGCUGGCGCGAAGAUGGUACAUUGGAGCAUCUCGGGAGGGUCGAUGACCAGGUCAAAGUGAAGGGAUUCCGAGUGGAAUUGGAUGGAGUAUCGGCAGCUAUGGAGACUUGUCCGGGCGUGAAGGUCGCGGUAGCCCUUCUGGUCGAGUCUGAGUUGUGGGGUUUCGUUACCCCCAAUACAGUUAACGUGGACGAUGUCAAAGUGGCUACGCAGAAAGUUCAGCCAUAUUAUGCCGUUCCAACUCGUUUUAUCACGCUUCAAGAAAUGCCAUAUACAAGUAAUGGCAAGACCGACAAGCGUGCUCUCAGAGAGCUUGCUCACGGCAAAAUUGUUGCCGAGCGCCACCCGGUCGUCGAUGAAAAGAUGGUUAUCAAGUCAGAAUUUUACAGUCAAGCGCUAUACGAAGGAAAGGCUUUGGCCAAGAUUAUACCACAACUCGCUGUUCCGCCGCCAGUUUACCAGCCUGACUCCCUUCCAUUUCCAUCAGAGAAGAUAUCAUCAGCUAUAUCAGAACACGUCCGUUCCUCUUCGAGCUCUGAAACAGACGUUGACACCCCAGAAGAGAAAGCCUGCAUCUGGGAUGGGUACAAAGACGAUGUUCUGCCGGACAAGACUCAUGGUCGAGUCCUUCGCAACGUUCGACACCAGGUAUUUUCUCUUUACCGCAGGUUGUUUGGCGUGGUCUUCAUAGUCAAUAUGGCUAUCUUGAUCUCGAUUUUCUCUCGCGGCGGUGCGAAUGCGCAAGAGUUGGGUCUCAUCGUUGUGUCAAACAUUUUCUGUGCGGUUUUAAUGCGUCAAGACUACGUGAUCAACGCUUUCUUCACAAUUUGUUGUGCAGUACCCUCCAGUUGGCCGCUAGCGAUCCGUCGUAUCUGCGCUCGUGUGUAUCACAUUGGAGGACUGCAUUCCGGGUGUGCUAUUAGCGGUGUCGUAUGGUUAAUCGCCUUCACCGUACAAGCAACUAGGGAACUCUUGAACAAGGCGCAGACUUCCGCUCCCACAGUGGCCGUGACAUACUUCAUUCUGACGCUACUGAUUGGUAUCGUCAUUUUCGCGUAUCCAAAAGCCCGCUCUACCCACCACGAUGCGUUCGAGCGCACACAUCGUUUCCUUGGUUGGACUGCCGUUGCUUUGGUGUGGGUCCAGGUUGUCUUGCUCACAAACGACUACCGACUUCCUGAUCAAUCUCUUGGAAACGCUUUGCUCCAUUCUCCGCCUCUCUGGCUUAUUGUUGUGAUGACUGCCUCGAUCAUUCUUCCUUGGCUUCGACUGCGGAAAGUUCCCGUUCGCGCUGAAGUACUUUCUAAUCACGCAGUUCGAUUAUACUUCGAUUACGUUACCCCGAAGCCGGGACACUUCACUCGUAUCUCAGAGAGCCCAUUGGUCGAAUGGCACGGGUUCGCCUGCAUCCCGGAGCCUGGGAAGAAGGGCUAUUCACUCGUUGUCUCCAAAGCUGGUGAUUGGACCACUAAGCAGAUCAUGGAGCCACCCAAGCAUUUGUGGGUUCGUGGUGUUCCCUGCUAUGGUGUCUUGAGGAUCACUCCCUUGUUCCGUCGCGUUGUUUUCGUUGCCACGGGAAGCGGCAUUGGACCUUGCGCGCCGUGUAUCUUGGAACAACGUGUUCCCAUCCGACUUCUCUGGACAUCCCCCAAUGUUCGACAGACAUUUGGAGAUAAACUCGUUGACUCUAUUCUUAAAAAAUCCCCUGGUGCUGUUAUUUAUGAUACCCGAGUUCAUGGUAAACCAGAUAUGGUGAAACUGACAUAUCGUCUCGUGAAGGAGUUUGACGCGGAAGCAGUUUGCAUUAUCUCUAACCAGAAGCUCACACAAAAAGUAGUUUAUGGUAUGAUGAGUAGAGGUAUUCCUGCUUUCGGUGCAAUUUGGGACUCAUGAUUAACUCAUCCAACCUUUCACAUCUAACCUUUAUUUGUUAUUCAGACAUGUAUCAAUAGUAUAUCAGUCCAACUUACUUCCUACUCCUUUACCCCUUUACCCCUUUACUUAUUGUUUGUGCUUCACGUUUAGGCGAUGUUGUUUAUAUGCCUGUUGAUGACGAAAUUUAUGCCUAAGUUCUCACGCUG